AUGCCAAAAGAACAGUACAUGUGUCAACUCUGCGCCAAUCAUGGCCUAUUCAAUCAACCCAAAAAAGGGCACAAACAGAAAUGCCCGUUCAAGGAAUGCCCGUAAGUUUCUCAUCAACAUUUUUCUCCAUUUUUGAUUGUCAUUGAAGAUGUAAAUUACCAGUUUAACUUGCUAGACUCGUAAUUUUUGCAGUUGCAAUAUGUGCGCAUUGAACUUGAAACGCCGAGCUUUGGAUCAGAUCGAACGACAACUCAGACUUUUCACAAAUGAAGAACAAACCAAUGAGACCAUAUCAGAGACAAAGGAGACACAAGAAAGGACAGUUUGUGAAGGUAAGAAACGUAUGGAAAAAUACAGUACUAUAAAUAGGACAGAGCCAAGAUUUGGCAUCAAAAGACUCAAAAAAAGACUGCAUUUUUUGAAAUAACCAGGGAUAACUACUACUUUUGAUAUCUUUUUCCAAUUGACAAGAAAAGUACCCCAAGUGCGACACUCAGAUUUUCGUUAAAUUUUGCGCACACGUCGGGAAUAGACUAAAUAUUAAUUCCUGAAAGUUUUAGCUUGCGCUUUGCAAGCGCCGCCGUGAUAUUGAACGAUCUUUGCCGCCGAGAGAGCACGCUAAACGCGGAGAGCGGUCAGAGAGAAAAACGUUUUUUGGCCAUAACUUGACUAGUUUCGCGCAAAAAAAAAUUGAUUUUUUGUUGAAACAUUACACUCUAUUGCAUAAAUAGGCAUGAAACUUUUUGUGCCGAAAUUCGGCAAAAAAGUCUAAAAUCUUCGCCAACUUUUGAGCUAAAAAUUUCGGUUGUUUCUGCAAAGCACGAGCUAAUAUUCUCGCAUACAUUUUAGAAACAACUAUUCUAAAUUUGUGCCAAGUUUCAUCAAAAUCUGAGCGUCGCACUUGGGGAGGCUUCCCUUGUGAGUAUAGGAGAAGACCUCAUCUUUGGUUUUCAACAUUAGCGGUAUGUUUCUGGUGACACUUUGAUGCCGUAUUUGGGGUCUUUGAUUUCUUUUUGAACCUUCCAAGACAGAGGUCUAGAAUCGAAAAGUUUUGCGUGGGUUUUCAUAACCUCUACGGCUAAAAAAGUGUGCCAAAAAUUCUCUCAAACAGCAUCAAGUUAAACAAAUAUUUUUUAAAUUUUUUGAGAUACUUUUUGAUACCAUUUUUUGAGGCAUUUUGGUCUCAUUUCGCCCUAAAACACUCAAUUUUCAAAUUUUUCGCACCAAGUUUGAUUUUCAAAACUUUUCAUUUUUUAUGGCACACUUUUCUUUACCGAAAAAACGCCUGGCCGGAAAGCAACUCUCCUGCAGCCAAUCCCCUGCUGUCCGCUGUUUGGACUCGUGGUGGUCGUAAAAUCGAUCAAAACGGGAGGAAUUUGUUCGCCUGAUCCCAAAGUCAUAUAAUUUCGCACAUUUGAUGAAGAUUUGUGUGUGUGGUCCCUUUCGGGGCCCAUUCCGCUUUAAUUGUUGGCUGGGGAGCGAAACAGAUGAAAGGGACAUGAUUUUUGCGGAAAAAACGACUUAUUCGUAUCUUGUUAUUACAGCGAACUCGAGCAAGAAACGGUCGUGGAACGAGGCGUUCGGACAACAGCGCUCGAUCUUUUGCUCCGUGGAGUUGUUGGUGAAUAGUAAACGGAGAGUAAAUAAUUUCUAA